UUUGUAUGGAGUGGACCUAUUUUAUUAUUUCAUGUUUGGGGCUAUAAUAAUCAAAUAGUAUUUGCAGAAGGAUAUGUUGUGUUGAGGCCAAGUGUAACAGACAGUUGAGAUCAUUAUGGUUGUUUCCUGUGGGGCUAUUGUGAUGUUCUUUCACCCACGACCUUCGACUUUAGAUGCACUCACUACACCACUAAAGGGUCUUAUGAUAUACUUAAAUUCGGCAGAUCGUCUCAUUGAGGUGGGGCGGCAGCCGCCCCAGAGCAACUGACGGAGGGACAAUAGACUGCCCGGUGGCGGUCGCGGGACGGGACACGGGUAGUGCGAAGCUAUAAUAUGCAAAGAUAAAAUAUCUUGUUUUAAUAAUAUAACCUUAGGAGGUUGUUAAAUUAUUCAUGGAAUGAAGGUCAGGCAGCCGGAGAAUUUCCCCACUUUUUAAACUCUCUCUGGCAAGGUGGGGAAAAUGCGAAAUAAACGUCACUUUUUCAUGUUAUUCCUGUAUUGCCAUAUAAUGUUAUUUUCAGAAUAUGGUUUAGUAUAGCAAGGCAGCUCCCUUGCUCCCAAACACAGCCUUGAUGUAACCUCGAUAAAGUUAUACCUGCCGCCUCAGUAAACACUAAAUACUGUAGCUAGAAAUACUGCUACAUUCCACAUAAAUUGUCAAACUUGACAGUCUCGACCACAGGUGUAAAACUCAAGGCCCGGGGGCCAAAUCAGUUCAUGUGGCCCGCGAAAGCAAAUCAUCUGUGUCAACUUCCAUGAUUCUUGCUCAAAUUCUCAUAAAAUAAUAACAAUAAAUAGUAUCGUUGAGGCAUUGCAUGCAUUUUCUGUUUACAGUAACUUGAACAAUAGUUGAACAAACUAUUAUCCUGGACAUCUGAUUUCAAAACUAGGUAUCCAUAAAUUUGUUGUGUGCAUGUAAUAAUAAUAUGAGGUGACUAAACAUUUCUAUGGUUUCACAGUCAACGGCCCUCUGAGGGAAACCGUGACUACAAUGUGGCCUGUGACAAAAAUUAGUUUGACACACCUGCAAUAGGGUGUCAUCAUUAAAAUAAUACAAACAUGAUCAUGACCUGUGUUUUGUUGACUUUUGUUUUGAUUAGAUUUAGUUUUUCUCAUAUUUUGUCAAGGUUUUCCUGUUACAUGAUCACAUCUUGCCUGCUCAUUUGGUUUUUGUCUCCACCUGUUCUUGACAGCCUGCAAACAUUUUUUUUUCUCCUUUCCUUCCUUUAAUUACAACAUACCUGACUGUCCGUGGUCAGACUGGGAUGGUACGGAUAAAUUGCACUUCACUUUUUUCCUCAGCAGAAUUUUGAGCUGUAGAUCGUCUGGCAGAUUGCUCGAGAAUGUGACCGGAAACGACGUAGGCUAACUCUACUCCAUGUAUGGAGGGUAGGAACGUUGAAUGGUAAUUCUGUUUAACUUUAUAGGCUAGUGGGCGGUGGAAUUCAACACCCUAUGUUGGCAGUAUCUUUUGUAUUGCACAAAGACAAACUGCGCAUGUAAAACAUUUGCAAGAGUCAAUGCGAAAGCGUUGAAGCGUCCUAAAUUGGAAAUUGUGUCAUAAAAUGAGAAAACCAGAGAUAAACGAAUCAAUUUUACUCAUCAUUUACUAAAUACACUGGAACCUCGAUUUAACAGACUAAUGGGGGGGGGGUCGGUCGUCCAUUAAAUCUGACUGUCUGUUAAACUGAACUACUUUCGUGGCCUAAAAAUACCAGUUGUAACGUAUAUUGCUUUUGGAUAAAAACGUAAUUAAUUUUGGAAAAGAAUACGCUGGAAGCAAACACCUGCGUUUACUCCCGGUUUAGUUCGACUUAAAUUUAACGUUGGAAUCGAACUAUCUUCAUCUUGUAAAGGGGCACCACGUCUCUUUUUAUAUGUGUAAAAUUUAGGAAAAGUGACGAAAAACCUCGAUCUCAGUCAUUUAGAAGGCUGCUACAUGAAUGAAAUACGAGUUCUAGAUUACAACGGUUUCACCAUGAAACUCAAACACACAAAACCGAACAGGAAGUGGAAUUUUAUCGAAAAUGAAAUUAAAUCUAAAAGGGUACUACAGGGAAAACAAUGUAGAGGGGCUUGACUACGAAAGGAAAACAAUGGUAAUAGAAAGGAAGAGAGCCAUACAUAAAGAAAAAUAGCCAGGAAAACAAUAGAGAAGAUGCAAGUUAAGGGUUAAAUACCGAUGGGGCGUGUCUAAGGGACAGGAAGUGGAGAACACCACACCCAUCAUCUUGAAUUUCGUCGACAAUUGGGUUUAAAAAUCAUAUAGCAAUCUAAAAAAAGUACUCCCAACUUUAUACUCCCACACGCUGAGGAAAGAAACACAAUCACAAACGAUUGUUAUAACUCUCAUGCAGGUGCUAAACUAUUGUUCGUGGCACAAUCAGUUUUUACAGGUUGAUAUCAGACAUGCUGGCACAUUCAGAAGGAGCAAUUUCGGAAGGCAACCUGUAAAAACACAAUCACACAGGCAUCAUGGUAUAUAUUUAGAGAAUUCCUGAAGGUUUGUUAUGUUUAUCACAAAUAUGGCAUCAGAUGAUAUAAACCAGGUGUCCUGUGUCUUGUGAAACCAAUCUGGCUGGUUGAGGUUCAAGAGGCAGGAAUGCAACAGUUUAUCAGUUCCUGGGGUUGCCAUUACAACCGGGCCAUCGGGCGUCGUCACUUCACAGUAGAGUGUAAAAUUAUUGUUUGGCACUUUUUCAUGGCUUAAAUACACCCAGUACAGUACACUUCAUCCAGCCAACCAUUUUCUUCCGCUUAUCCAAGGUCGGGUCGCGGGGGCAGUAGCUUUAGCAGGGACGCCCAGACAUCCCUCUCCCCAGCCACUUCAUCCAGCUCUUCCGGGGGCAUCUCGAAGCCAGCCGGGAGACAGUCUCUCCAGCGUGUCCUGGGCUGUCCCCGGGGUCUCCUCCCGGUGGGACGUGCCUGGAGCACCUCACCAGGGAGACACCCUAAUCAGAUACCCCAGCCACCUCAUCUGGCUCCUCUCAAUGUGAAGGAGCAGCGGCUCUACUCUGAGCUCCUCCCGGAUCACAGAGCUUCUCACCCUAUCUCUAAGGGAGAGCCCCGACACCCUGCGGAGGAAACUCAUUUUUGCCGCUUGUAUCCGGGAUCUUGUUCUUUCUGUCACAACCCACAGCUCAUGACCAUAGGUGAGGGUAGGAACGUAGAUUGACCGGUAAACUGAGAGCUUCGCCUUUCGGCUUAGGUCCUUCUUCACCACACAAAGUACCGGUACAAAGUCCACAUCACUGCAGACACUGCACUGAUCCGCCUGUCGAGCUCCUGUUCUAUUCUUCCCUCAGUCGUGAACAAGACCCCAAGAUACUUGAACUCCUCCACUUGGGGCAGGAUCUCACCUUGGUCAGAUUGGUGAUAUUAUUUCAAAAACAAAAUGCACACUUUAUUGACAGUAUAUCUGACUGGUCAAGUCAUGUAGUUCAAGUCUAAGUCAAGCCAAGUCGAAUCUUUCACAAGUUUUAGCCAAGCUAGUCACAAGUCAUAAAUCAGCAACUCAAGUCAACUCGAGUCUAAGUCAUGUAACUCAAGUCCCCCACCUCUGCUGCCCGGCAUGUUGCGGCACAACAUGGUGCUACACUGAAUGCGUGCAACACUACAUUCAGACUUGCCUGUAUACUGUAUAAACCCAUAGAAAAUAAUGGCAUAAACAUCUGCGAUAUAGCAGGGGGCGCAAACGAUAAACUAUAAUUUAGUAAGGGUUCACUGUAUUUCCAUUUAAAUGUCCUUGAACAAUGACUAUCCACAAGGCACACCGUGAACAUCAACUGGGCGCAAAUGCAGUGCAGGGGAUUAGCAUGAGAAUAGUUUGUGAAUGCUGGAAGGUCAGCAGUUCAUUUCUAUUCCACUCCAGCUUGCGCUCACCCACCUUUGCCCCAUACUGCCUAGGACUCGGAGCUUGGACCCAUUUCAGUCAUCGAUACCUUACACUGAAUGUUCAUAUUAGUAACUGUCUAUUUGACGCACCUCCUGGCAACUGGACACACCAUGGAGGAUAGCCACACCUUCUUGUACUUUGCAUAUGGUAGCAACUUGCUAAAGGAGCGACUGCAUCUUAAGAACCCAUCUGCAACAUUGCACUGUGUGGCCAGUCUAAAGGUAUGGUCAGCUACAUCUGUGACACCUAGUUUAUCCUUGUACACAGACAAAUCAUUUCUGUUUCAGGACUAUAAAUUGGUAUUUGGGAACUAUAAAGGCCUCGCCAGUGAACGGUGGCAUGGAGGUGUGGCCACCAUAGAACACAGUCCAGGAGAUGAAGUGUGGGGUGUGGUGUGGAGGAUGAACAAGUCUGAUCUGAAGUCUCUAGACAGUCAAGAGAACGUCAAGUUGGGUGUGUACAGCCCUGUGGAAAUAUCGGUAAGGACGAAAGGCCAGGACCUUAGUUGUCGCACCUACUUAAUGAACAGCUGCAUGUAUGCCCCACCAUCACCACAGUACCUACUGGUGAUUGUUUUGGGAGCAGAGCAGAACAGAUUGCCUAAGGACUACCAGGAGAAGCUAAGAGCGAUCGAGACCAACAAAUAUGUGGGUCCUUUACCUCUGAUGGCUGAGCUGGAGCUGGAGUGAGCCAGAGAAGCAGAAAGACAGGUCCUAUCUGAGGCCUGAUGAUCCAGCAGCCUGCGUGUCCCCCUUUAAAUGGACCAAAAUCACCUACCCUAAAAUCUAACGUAUGUUUAUGUUAUCAUGUUUCCUUAUGCUUCCAUAAUAAGAAAAUAUAUACUGCAGUUGUAUUUCAGGUAUAUUGAGGAUCCUCUAAUUGUGAACUCUUUGCUGGAUAAAUAAUUUGGUUGAAGAAGUUUAUUAAAAUAUUUU